AUGACCCAAGUGGCUGCUGCGAAACAUAUGCAAAAGUCGAAACAGUUUGUGAGUAUGUGGGUGAAUCGUUUCAAAGAGGUGAAAAAUGUCGAUGACUUCCUAAAUCGCGGUUCUGUCCAAAGCAUGCCUCGAAGAUGCCAAGCCAUUAUUGACGCUGAGGAAUCAGCGAAGCAAAGGCCAGGUCCUAGUCAACCGCUACUUCCGAAUCAACCUCCACCACGGAAUGUGUUGAAAUAUCAUGCUUCUGAUAACAAUUGGUACCUUAAUGGAGCCCUGUAUGGAAUACCUAUUGAAGGAACGAUUGUUUACUACAAAGCCAUGGAAGUGUGUAAACAACCGUAUUGUCGACAACGGAGACGUCAGGUAAAAUUAGGUAAAUAUAAUCCAGUUGAAAAAGAAGCACGCUUAAUACCACCCACAAUUAAGGAAGGUGAUAUACAGUACCGCCGUAAAGCUCCUAUUGGAAUAGUCGGAAAAGACCACAAAAUUUGGGAAUAUCAUCCAUCUCAUGGAGGUAAAUCACGGAUAGUCAAGGCUAUGGAUGGUGAUACUUUGGUACUUAAUGGGCAGUGGACUACCAAUACGGCUUAUGGGAUCUACGAUAAUUAUAAAAAACUCUAUGGAUAUAAUAAUUAUAUAGGCCAUAAGUAA